AUGAUUGAAACCUUAAAAGUAAUUAAGAAAAAUCAUGGUGAUAUAAUUAUAUUGUCAGAUGCUAAUGUAGUAUUUAUCGAUAUUAUAUUGAAGGCAAAUAAAGUAGAUAACCUUAUUUCUCAAAUAAUUACAAAUCCGGCAGAUUGGGAAGAUACAGGAAGACUACGCGUUCAUCGACUACACCCGACAGAAAUAGCUCCUCAUGGAUGUCUUAACAAAUGCGCAUUGAAUAUCUGUAAAGGGACUGAAUUAGUGAAUUAUCUUGCACCAUUUAUUGAACAACAAGAAAAUUACUAUAACCAAAUUCUGUACGUUGGAGAUUCAAUCAAUGAUUUUUGUCCAGCCACCAAGAUGAAAAGUAAUGAUGUGGUGUUAGUACGAAAAGGUUAUGCACUUGAGAGAUUUCUUAACAGUCCUGGUUAUUUUAACGAUGAUGAUCUUGGUGGUAGUGAUAAAUUGAAAAAAAUGAAUAGAGACAAGAUUAAUGCACGAAUCGUAUAUUGGAAAGAUGCUUCAGAUAUAUUGAAUACUGUAAAAAAUGAAUUCGAACUAGCAGUUGCUGCUGAAACAGUUGAAGAUAUUUAA